AGCCCGAAAGGCCAAAAUAACUUUCGUUUUUGACCUAAGGGUUCUGCUGGUCAACCCCCUUUUUCGUCCAACCCAACCCCAAACAUCCAAAAGUAUUUUAUUUCCUUUUGAUAUCCAAAAUAAAGUCUCUUCUAUCUAUUUUAAUCCCUGGUCACAAUAGGAAACCAAAACAGCCCCAUUCAUCUUCCAACAUCCACCCAACAUGGUCCCUACUAUGUUCCCUAGUACAACCCACUAAACAACCAUAAAAGUCCAGGAGAAACAUGGUACUUUCUUAACCCUUUAACCACCAAAUAAAUCCUCAUAUAUGCAGCCAAAGUACCACACAUUAUCCUUUCCCAUUGUCCCCCUAGUUGGCUGAAUACAUCCCCCAAAAUCAGCCCAAAAGAAGGCCAUUCAUUCCCCCUGGUUUGCUUUUCAUUGGAGGCCCUACAACCACACCCAUCCUUGAUUUUAUCUCAAUAAAAGGACCUCAAAACAUGGCUGAUAUUUCAGGGAUUUGAGGGAGGAUGUUGCUAGGAAGUUUCCUAAUGUCUACAUUCAAUGUAUUGUGCAUUAUCUCCCCCUUUCCCUGCCUAUAUAACUCAGGCCUUAUGGCCAUUGUAAAACAACCUUUUGAAUAUUAAAACAUUUUACUCUUUGAGUAUGAACAGAUAAUGCACAAUACACCCAAUGCAGCGAAGGCAGCAGCAUUGGCUCUUUGUGCGUCAUUAGUCAUUAGCUUGAGAAUAGUAUGAACAGAUACUACCUUGUAAUAGAGUCAAUAGCAUUCAAAAAAAAAUAGUGUGAUGCUAUUUUAGCCAAAUUCCUAAUUCUAUAUCUUAAGAGUGGUUAUCUUAAGUGUGAGUUUUAGGUUCUAGUUAUUUAAUUGAGUGUGUCAUAUCUUAAUUAAAUUCUAGACUCAACCCCAAGUUAAGAUAAGGGUGUGCCAUAUCUCUUAACACCAACUUGGUUUAUCAUCUCCUAUUUUAUUCCCCCAUUUCGUACCUCCCCAUAUUCUCUUCCUAAACCUCUUCUUUUCUUCCAAAAAAACACAAAAAAGAACUCCAAAAACACCUCCCAUAUUUCGCCCCAUAUACUUCUGCAUUCAUUUCCUCCACAAAUUCAUCACAAAAUUAGCAACUUGAUAAGACCCCCGGUUCACCCCUAACAAAAGGGCCUUGACAUUGUUUUAGGACAAGAAAGUUCUGUCUUGAUCCUUGACGAUAUAGAAGAAGUAAGUCAUGCCGUGUUUCUUGAAAUGCUUGCUGAUACUGAUUUCCAAAGUUUUAUAGCAGUCAAAGUUUCUACUUUUGAUUAUGAGUAGUUCAUCGAUCACAAUCUCUUUGGGACGUUUUUCAGAGUUUACAAAUCCAUUAAGAUAUUUCCCUGUCCUUUCACAUUUUCCUUUGGCCAAUGAAUGAGGUGGAUGGUAGAAAGAGUAUCAGGGAAGUAGGAGAAAUAUACUACAGUCUACAGUUUUUUUUUGUUGCUAACAGUGGUUCUCCAGUGUGCCUUAAGAAAAGUUGCAUGAGCUAACCUCUUCUCAUGUUGUUUGAAGUCCAAACUUAAAAAUGUCUCUCUUGUAGGUAUGGGGAAAGCACAAGGAGAAUCUAAUAAAAGUGGAGAGAUACAAUUUUUUUGCUUCAAGUGUUCGCCAAUUCCGCCUUAAUUGUGAAUCGCUUUCACAACGUUGUGUUGAUGAAAGCGAAGAGGAAGGAGCACUUGUGGCCAUUCUCAAAGUUCUUAAGAGGAUCCACAAUAUAUUCUUUGAUCAGAACAUGGAGGCGAUAUGCUUACGACUGAUGUGAGAGAGGUGCUAAAAGGCGUGCGUAAGCAAGUGCUGAAAGGUUGCAAAAUUGUUUUCAGGCAGGCAGAGGAGCAUCGCCUUUGGAGAAUGUCUGAGCAACUUGGAGCCACAUGCUCAAUGGAAGUAGACGAAUCCGUGACACACGUGGUCUCAACGGAUGCUGGGACUGAAGAGGCACGCUGGGCACGGCAAAACAACAAGUUCCUAGUCCAUCCAAACUGGGUCAAAGCUUCCAACUAUCAUUUUGAAAGGAAACCUGAGAAGGAUUUUCCUCUGUAGCACUUCGAACAAGCCGGGCCCUCCAUAAGUGAAAUGAAUGACAACUCACUCUAGCAUGUUUUUGAAAGGGCAAGACUAAAGUCAAUUGUAGAUACAGGAAAGCCAAGCCCAAUGUAGAAAAUGGUUUUGUGU